AUGUUGCGAGUUGCUGAGGCCAUAGAGGUACUACUGAUUUCUACAUUUUUUUUGCUUUGUUUAAGCCACUCCAAGAAACGAUGGGAACGUUUUGUGCACAGUGAGAAUCAGCACCUCGUCUCACCGGAGGCACUGGAUUUUCUGGACAAACUUCUUCGUUACGACCAUCAGGAACGACUCACUGCUAAAGAGGCUAUGCAACAUCCAUAUUUUUAUCCUGUUGUUGAAAAUGAAAAACGCAAUAAGCAAGACGGUGUAGCAACAGUCAAUAACUCUGGAGGAGGAACGGGAGCGUUGAAUGCGCCGCUUGGAACACCUCUUCUGAGUAGCAGUGGAACAGUGGCAUCACCGCCGUCAGCAUCAACGCAAUCCUAA